AUGUCUGGUGAACCCCUCCCUCCCAACCCAUACACUGGGCCGGAGGAGGCCGCCUACAACACCUGUCGCUACCUGGAAAGUCUCCUUGACUGGAGCGAGGUAGUAGCUGAUCAGGUUCGUACGAGCAAGAGAACGCCACAGUUGUGCGGACGUCUCCUGGGAUACAUGAUGUUAGAGGCACCCACUCCCCAAGGUCGCCUCAACGUGGCGAGGGAAAUCCAAACGUGUGUAUCAGCCUCCAAUACCCAAGACCUGUUGGCAGCCCUCGCGCAGUUUUAUGAGGACCACUUCAUUCGUGUCUUCAAAUCUGCGAAAGGACCCACACCUACGGUGUCGAUGCAUCCUUCCCGGCCGUCAUUCGACCUGACCGCUGAGGAGAAGAAUCUGCUGCUCAAGGAGGCUCCUCAGGACCACAGGGCCGCCAAAUUGCUUUGUCUCAUUCGCGAUAACUAUCGAUGCGUCGUCACAGGAAAAUACGAUGCUUCCACAUAUAAGAGCAUGCGCCUGAAGGAUAAAACUUUCAUAUCCCCAGCCCCUGUCGGGUAUACAGAGCUCGCACAUAUAAUUGCCGAAUCGACGAACACAAAUAUCCAGGGGGGUGGUUCAAAGCGAAAAUAUGCUGCCUCCGCGUGGGCGGUUCUGGAACGUUUUGGCAGGGUCAACGUUGUUGACGACGAAUUAAAUGGGGAAGGAAUCCAUCGCCUUCCAAAUGUGAUGACUAUGUCUCUGGAUGCUCAUAGAGCCUUUGACAAUCUUGACAUAUGGUUCGAAGAAAUUGGCAACGAUCGCUAUCGUCUGUGUGCAGAAAGCAAUACAAUUUUGGCUGCAGCUGGUGUUGACAUUAAUAACCCUGUAGUCCAGCUCACGACUACCGAUGUUGACCUUCACCUGCCUGAUGCCCGUCUCCUUCGCCUCCUCGCGACAUGCGCCAAGGUGUCCCGUCUUUCUGGGGCAGGAGAGUAUAUAGAUGCGAUCCUCAGAGACAUGGAGGAGCUGAAAGUAUUGGCUUCUGAUGGUGGCUCUGCUCAUGUGUUGCUGGAUGCACUACUUCACAGUGGCAGACAAGUUGCUGUCCAUUGA